GUACUGUGCUUUCAAAGGCAUCCCUUACGCGGAGCCACCUAUCGGUGAACUACGAUUUAAGGAUCCAGUGCCCGUAAAAAAGUGGAUUGGUAUAAGAGAUGCUAGAAAGUACGGUCAAAUGUGCGUCCAGUACGAUUGUUUUAUGACCCUGAGGGGUGGCUCCGAGGACUGCCUGUACUUGAACGUUUACGCAAAGACUCUUGAUAAAGAGAAUAAAAAAGCGACUAUGGUAUUCAUUCACGGCGGUGCUUUUUAUUUUGGAAAUUCGGACGACAUGUUUUAUGGUCCUGACUACUUGAUCAGGAAGGACGUUGUACUCGUAACAAUCAACUACAGGCUCGGUGUUUUCGGGUUUUUAGAUUUAGAAAAUGAAAUAGCUCCAGGAAACCAAGGUCUGAAAGAUCAAGUAAUGGCUUUACAGUGGAUCAGGGAUAAUAUUGGUAACUUUGGUGGUGAUCCGGAAAAUGUCACUAUUUUUGGUGAAAGUACAGGUGGUGCUGCUGUUCAUUACCUUACCUUGUCUCCACUAUCAAAAGGUUUAUUUCACAAAGCGAUUUCUCAAAGUGCUGUGGCUUUUAGUCCGAUAUGUUUUGUUAAAAAUGGACGUAAAAAUGCCACUGAGCUCUGUACACUUCUUGGAAAAUCAUUGAGCGAUCCAAAGAAAAUUUUAGAAUAUUUAAAAACAGUUGAUUCCAAUAAGUUACGUGAUGCACAAGAACAACUUAGAUUAUCAAAGAUCACAUUUCCUUUUGGACCAGGAGUAGAUGAUAAAUCCCUGUCGCCUUUCAUGCCCUUUUCAGCUGAAGAAAUGUCGGAGAAAGGUGUUCAUAUACCUUAUCUUUUAGGAUACACGAGUGGCGAGGGAAUUCUUAUGUUAUCAGAUGCAUUUACUGUCAAGGGCCUUAAGAGGAGUGAGCUUUUCAAAAUCUUGGAUGAAAAUUUUGAUUCUUGUAUUGAUGAAAACUAUCUUAGCGUACUGAAUAGACACAAUAUAAUACCUAUGCAAUUGAAACGUCUAUAUUACAAAGGUAAACAAAUAUCGGAGAAAAACUGCAGUAUUUAUGCAAAAUUUGUUGGAGAACUAACAUUUAUUGAAGGAAUUCACAAGCUCAUAAAAAUUCAAGUUAAUAAAAGUUCAGCACCAACGUAUCUUUACAAAUUCUCGUAUGAUCAAGGGUUUUCAUUGAUCAAGUCCAAGUUGAAAUCAUUGCAACUUCGAGGUGCAAGUCAUUUUGAUGACUUAAAUUAUAUCUUUAAAAUGAAUCUGUACGACUUAUUAGGAGUACCACAUUUGCAAAAAGGCUCACAUGAUUAUAAGGUAAUGGAGCAAAUAACGGAAAUGUGGACGAAUUUUGCCAAAUAUGGAAAACCAACCAUUAUUACUUCAGAACUUUUACCCACUCAUUGGCUGCCAGUGGUUAACGACACAGUUCUUCGUUAUUUAAACAUCGGUGAGGAUUUGACAAUGCAGUCAGUGUUAAACAUAGAAGAAAAAUUUGCGUUAGCUCGAAAUAUUAAAAUUUAAAGUAUAUAAUCUCACUGAAUGUAUAUCAAUAACCUUUUAAAGUUCAUGGAAUGUAAUAAUUUUCACAUAUAUAACCUCGAAAAAAAAAAAUAUAUUGCAUUCCUCUGUAUUCGUAUUACUGCUGUUUCCAAUAUUGUUCAAAGUACAGUAUUGAAAAAAACCUAAAA